UUCGAGAUAAUUUUGUGGUCGGUCGAAAUAGCCCCUUUACCGAAUGCACGUGUGUGUCGAAUAAAGGGCAUUUCCUCGUAAAUUCACACUCUGGGUACUUUAGGCUUCGCCAUCGACAAUCAUUCAUUCAUUCGCUCAAGUAAAACGGUGUCGUUGUGCCAGUAAUCCUCAUUGCAAGAUUUAGCCCCAAAUCGCGUGGGGUUAGGGUUUACUGGGCAUCAAUGUCUUCGAAAUCAACAGAGGAGAAUGGCAUAUCAGGGUUAUGCAUAAACGAUGCGUUAACGGACGAUGAACUUCGUUCAAUUCUAGCGAAAGUGGAGAGCGACAAAGACAAGGAAACGUUCGGUUUGGUAUGCAAACAAUGGCUUCGAUUGCAGAGUACAGAAAGGAAGAAGCUCGCCGCACGUGCCGGUCCUCACAUGCUCCGUAAAAUGGCUGAUAGGUUCACACGCUUGGUUGAAUUGGACCUUGCACAGUCCAUUUCUCGUUCCUUCUUUCCCGGUGUCACUGAUUCCGAUCUUGGUGUCGUUGCCACUGGUUUUAGAUGCUUGAGGAUUCUCAAUUUGCAGAACUGUAAAGGAAUUACAGAUGUUGGAAUGAAAGCUAUUGGUGAUGGUCUUUCCUUAUUACAGUCCUUGGAUGUAACCUACUGCAGAAAGCUGACCGAUAAAGGAUUGUCUGCUGUUGCCAAAGGCUGUCGUGAGUUGCGGAUAUUGCAUCUUGCUGGAUGCAGAUUUGUUACAGAUAGUAUACUCAAAGCUCUGUCCGAAAAUUGUCGUAAUUUAGAAGAAUUGGGAUUGCAAGGAUGCACAAGUAUCACUGACAAUGGACUGAUAAACCUUGCAAGUGGUUGCCAACGGAUCAAGUUUUUAGACAUCAAUAAAUGCAGUAACGUCAGUGAUGUUGGGGUUUCUAGUAUUUGUAAGGCUUGUUCUUCUUCACUCAAGACAUUGAAAUUAUUAGAUUGCUACAAAAUUGGGGAUGAAACCAUAUUAUCGUUGGCCAAAUUCUGUGAUAAUCUGGAGACUUUGAACAUUGGUGGUUGCCGAGAUGUCUCCAAUGACGCAAUAAAGUUGCUUGCUACUGCAUGUAGAAACAACCUUAAAAACUUGAGGAUGGAUUGGUGUCUUAACAUUGCUGACUCUUCAUUGAGCUGUAUUUUAAGUCAAUGCAGAAACCUUGUGGCACUGGACAUUGGUUGCUGUGAAGAGGUGACAGAUACUGCUUUUCAUCUUAUAAGCGGUGAGGAGCCUGGUUUGAGACUAAAUUUUCUGAAAGUUAGUAAUUGUCCAAAGAUUACAGUGGUUGGUAUAGGCAUUCUUGUGGGUAAAUGCAGUUACCUGGAAUACUUGGAUGUAAGAUCUUGCCCACACAUUACAAAGGCUGGCCUUGAUGAGGCUGGUUUCCAUUUUCCUGAUUUCUGUAAGAUUAAUUUUGAUGGUAGCAUCAAUGAGCCUGCCGUGCUUCUUUGAUACUGUAAUUAUUUUUGAAGAUUGGUUCGAUCGAAAGAUAUUUCGAUCUGCCUAUGUGAACUUUCUUGAUAAGGUGUGCCUUUAGACAUUUGAGGAGAAUUUGUAAGCUCUGGUGAUCUUAGUUUUCAUGUGCGCCAUGUAUCGUGUAUAUCACUGCACUGAUUAACUGGGGUUUGUUGUAUUGUAUUAUAGUUUGUUGAUCCGGUCGGUUGUAAAUUUUGUAAGCACAUUUGUGUUGGGAUUUUGUGCAACUGUGACUUCACAGAUUUGUAUUUGAUACUUGAUCUGGUAAUAUCAUUUGUAUGUAUGACAAUUAGCUAUUACCUACAAAA